AAGGGUGGGGAGGAGGGUCUGCUUUCGGUUUGACGAUCAUGCGCAGUGUGGUGUGCACCAUAAAUGAACAGUACAAUGAGACGUAACGAGUUUAUCCGUACAACAAGAUGGCGUCGCAAGUGUUGAAGAAGCGGUUGAAGGAUGCAUUGAAAAUAUUGGGAGGAGGAAGCGGUAUUUUUGUAACGUACCUCGUGGCUGUUGGAGAUGAACGUUUUUAUUCCAGUUGCCUCAUGCCUGUGUUGCAAAGACUGGUAACUCCAGAGGCAGCCCACUCCCUGUCUGUGAAAUGCAUUUCCUUGGGACUUAUGCCCUUGUCGAGGCACAAGGAUUCUCCUCUCCUGGCAGUAAAGGCCUUCGGGCAAACAUUCAGGAACCCUGUUGGAAUUGCUGCAGGAUUUGACAAACAUGGGGAGGCUGUUGAUGGCCUGUUCAAAAUGGGCUUUGGCUUUGUGGAGGUGGGAAGUGUUACACCAAAACCUCAGGAAGGAAAUCCAAAACCCAGAGUUUUCAGACUUCUAGAGGACCAAGCUGUUAUUAACAGAUAUGGAUUUAACAGCCAUGGGCAUGCUGUUGUACAGAAGAGACUCGAAGCAAGGAAAGCAAUUCAAGUCGAGUUGACCAAAGCUGGCUUGCCUUUGGGGAUAAACUUGGGCAAGAACAAAACUUCCACUGAUGCUGCUGCUGACUACGUAGACGGAGUGAGGGAGCUGGGUCCGCUGGCUGAUUACAUUGUUGUGAAUGUGUCCAGUCCCAACACUCCUGGACUGCGGGAUCUACAAGGGAAAGAGGAGCUGCGGCAUCUGCUGGCCAAGGUACUGCAGGAGCGAGAUGUGCUGAAGGCUGAUCAUAAACCUGCUGUCCUUGUCAAAAUUGCACCAGACCUCACUUUGCAAGACAAAGAGGACAUAGCUAAUGUUGCACUGGAGCUGGGAGUAGAUGGACUUAUUGUUACAAACAGCACAGUCAAGCGGCCUAGUAGUUUGCAGAGUCCCUUGCAAGCUGAGGUGGGUGGUCUGAGUGGAAAACCUCUACGAGAAAUGGCAACACAGACUGUCAGGGAGAUGUAUAAGCUCACAAAAGGUAAAGUGCCUAUCAUAGGAGUUGGAGGCAUCAGCUCUGGAGAAGAUGCCUUAGAGCGGAUACGCGCAGGAGCAUCUCUAGUUCAGCUGUACACAGCACUCAUAUAUCAGGGACCUCCUGUUAUUGGCAAAAUCAAACGUGAACUGGAACAGCUUUUAAAGGACCAAGGAUUUACAAGCAUUUCAGAAGCAGUUGGUGCAGAUCACAGACCAGGAAAGAGAUGAGCUGCAUUGCAAAACACUUGGGGGGGUACUUCACACUUAUUUGGAAAUUUCGCUACUCUUGAUGAGCAGAAACAUGGCUGUGGAUCAUAUUCUAUUGCCGAGAGGAUUUUGAACUUCAUUGACACAGAAACAUGAACUGUGCCAAAUAAACUGAACUAUGUAGUAUUUGCUGAACCAUUAAGAUUGAACUGCUGUAAAUUAUGCAAAGACAUCUCAACUAUUUUUGGAGGAGCUGUAUAGCAGAUCACAUCAUGUGGUGAUUUCUGCAUCUUUUUAUCACUAAAACUUAAUUUGCAUAUAA